CACUCCGAGGAGGACACUUUUCUUUUUUUUCUUUUCUUUUUUGUGGUCGCGUCUCGACGUCUUGUCUCAAUUCAACAGGAUCUAUCUCCACUUCAGCCUCCGUUUGUGCUGCAUCGCUCCGCGGUUCCAGAGGGAAGCAGAUGUGAAGAUGUGAAGAUAAGAGGAGGAGGAGGAAAAAGGCCACGGCUUCACUUCUCCGUCUAAACAACAGCAGCCAGCGAGGCCGAACAGAUUAAAGGAUUUAUCUAUGGACAUAUUUAAGGAGAGAGACGACUGGAAGCUGCUGCAGAUGUUCAGAGAAGAACUGAAGGAACCAGAUCAACAGCUGAACUUCAGACAGACAGCAGAUCUGCAGGUGGUGGCGCUACACCAGGCGGAGGAUGCGGCUGGUUGUCAUGGCAGCGGUGCUGAUGGUGGCGGAGGGGGGACGGAGCUGCGGCUUCGGCUGCCGUCCCACCAACAUCAGCAUCCAGGUGGAGAGCUGCGGCAGCGUGGAGUCGGUGUUCACCACCGUCUGCUCAGGACAGUGUUACCACGAGGAUCCCAUCUACAUCGGGGACGACUGGGCUGAGCAGCAGGUCUGUAGCGGCGACUGGUCCUACGAGGUGAAGCACAUCAGCGGCUGUCCGGUGGCCGUCACGUAUCCGGUGGCGAAAAGCUGCCGCUGCUCCAUGUGUGAUUCAGGAAACACAGACUGUGGGAGGUUUGAUGGAGACGUUCCCAGCUGUUCGUCGUAUUAAACCAACCUGAUUACCACUUAUUACCGCUGUGUUUCCUGAUCUGACACCUCAAUAAACCAAUGUCACCUGCA